GUGCCGGGCCUGAGCGGAGAGAACGUGCGGGGCGGCAGAGCUGGGCCCGCGGGGGCUGAGAGCGGUGCUCGGCAGGACGGGCCGAGCGCGGCAGCCCCGGGCAGGAGCCGGCGCGGUGACCUCGUGCUCUGCCCGCCGGGGCCGCUCGCACCAACACCGCUCACAGAAGCACCGGUCACACACAAACACCGCUCACACACACACCGGUGACAUUCCCUUUGCCCUCUCUCGGUGCCUGGGGCCGGGCAGCGGCGCCCGGGAGGCCGGGGCCGCCGGCUGCUGUCCGAACGCUCUCAUCACCAUCCCUGCCCAUGGCCCGCGGGUUGGAGCUAGGUGAUAUCCAUGGUUUCCUUCCAGCUCGCACCGUUCUGUGGUUCAGUGGUCGACCCCAGAAUGAGGGAGCUGGGCCUGCCGGGUUCCCCACUCAGCAAAGGCUCACUGCUGUCACUCUGCGCACAGUGAUUUCCACGUGGGUUGGAAACAUUUUGUGUGACAGUGCUGGCUUGAGUAGCUGCCCCAGGGACUCUGUGCUUGCCCUGGCUCCACCCGUGUGUCAGGCAUGCCCAGAAACAAAAAUAAAAGUCAAGCUUGAGCCUUGGGAUGUCUGGUCCCUCAGGGGAGCAAGAAACAGAAGGUGACUGAAGUAUUUGUGUACAUGGGGGACAUGUUUCUGUUAGCUGUGUUUAGGACAUGGAGGAUCCAAAAGUCCCUGGAAAGAUGAUGCUGUUGGGAUAGCCAACCUUGUCUGCAGCUACCCCUGGAAAGGCCUUUGGGCACUGAUGGGGAGUGCUGUGGACAAGAAUCAGGGCGCUCCUCCUGCCAAGUGCUAAACCUGCCCCAGGCAUAGGACACAAGUUGCAUCUCAUUGAGCCCUUUGUGCUGUCCUUCCUGGUCUGGUGCUGCUCUGGGGAGGAGUGGCCCUUCUCCUUGGCCUUUUGCUCCCUUUCCUCUGGCCAGUCAAAAUAUUUGCAGUCUCAGCGUGAGCUGGGUUGGGAAACUGCUCGGGGGCAAGACACAGUUAGGAGAAAUCCCUGGCUGGAUCUGGAUCUGGUUCACCCCACAGCACAAAGGCAGGGAGAACAGAGGACAGGGAAGCACUUCUGCUCCCUGCAGCAGCAUGGCCACGCUUCCCUGGCUCUGGGGAUUGAGUAAGGUUUUGUGGGAGUGCCCAGCUCAUCAGGUGUGUCCCAGAGGUUCACCUGGCAUCUAGCCAGAGCAGCCUUUCGCCAUCUCUCCCCUGCAGUGACUCCUACUGUGCCAACAGGGGUGGUGCCAAAACCUUUGUGCACCCAGGGGCUGAAUGUGCUGCCCGUGUGAGCGUUUCCUGGUGGCAAAAAGUCUCUUAUUCACCUCUUUAAUCCCUGAGGAACCUGUGCUUUCCCUUCACUCCUCCAAAACCUUGGGGUGUGUGCAGCAGCCUCGGGCUGCCAUCAGUCUGGCAGCUGCAAUGGGCAGAGCUCCAGCCCCCUUGGUUCCUGCCUGCUGUGAGGAAUGGCUGGCAGCAAAGCACCCGGGGGAGCUGAGCCUCAGCGAGGCGUGAGAGCAGCAGGCUUCUGGAGCAGUGACAAGCACCAUGCAACCCUGCCUCUCUUCCUCACCCCUUCUUGGGCAGAGGCCUGUCCUUUCUCAGCCCUCCAGGACUCUUCUCAGAGCUUGCUUUCAGCCCUGCCCAGCAGUUAUCCUCUGCCACCGCUUUGGAGGCGCAGGGCAGGGCCUCUCCUGACCCUGCAUGAGGCAGUCACUGCUUGUUGAGUCCUAUUUCUCCUGGGGUUUUCACCCUGGAGGCAAAAGAAAUACAACAAAAAAUGCUUUCCCAUGUUUGCCAAGCCCAGGUGAGCUUCUUCAGCACCAGGGGACUGGAGCUGAGUGACAGCCUGCAGCUGGCAUCAGAGGCCUAGCCUGGUGAAUCACUGCCACUUUCCCUGCUGUGAGGGCCCUUCCCAUUCCAUCUGGAGCCAGAAAUGCUUCUACAUCCUGGAGAGACCCAGUGAGUGCUGCAGCAUGGGGACGAUGCUGCUGCCCUCCCAUACUCUCAAGCUCUUUGGGACUGAUGCUGAACCCUGCUCAGCAUCUCAGUCUCCAGAUCACUUGGGCCUCUCCACCGUGGGUGGCAGGAGUUGUCUGUGCCAGGCAGUUGGGCUGGACUCAGCUUUUCCCUUGGCUUCAGUGGUUCUUGGUGGUGAGGGUGGGUUGUCCUGAGAGGAGUGGUUUGGAUGCAGCACCGGUCAUGGGGCUGGCUUUGCCAGAGCUGAGGGCAACACCAGGCUGCUUUGAUCUCUGGGCUUCCUCUCGGUUUGUGGCUGCAGCUCCACAUUUGUGGCUGCUUGUUGCCCCAGACAUUUCUAGGCAACAAAUGCCCUGGCAACAUGGGGCCAGCAGGACAGAGGUGGCAGUGUCCUUCCUCUGUCAGGGUGCCUCCCUUGGAGCUGCCUCCUGCCAUGGCCGUGCCCCUGCACAGCGAGGGGUCUGUGCUUGCACAUGGGUGCAGGCAGAACAGGGUGUUCCCGAGGGACAGCUUGCCUCCCACUGGAGGAGAGGCAGGCUCAGGGGAGCUGGGCUAGGCCAAGGUGUUGUUGGGCUUGGCUCCACAUCCUCACAUGGGAGCUGGGCCGUGGGCUGCGUGUGAAACGGUGCCUUGGAACUGUGGCAGGCAGCUGGCACCUGGGGGUGGGCAGGAUCCCAGUGGCUGGGCCUGUUUCUGUGCUGCAAACCCCUGCAGGCUGGCAGGCACUGCCAGGGUCGGGGUGUGCAGCCAGGGCAGCGAGGGAGGAAACCUUCCCAGCUCUCUGCUCUCACCGCCUCCAUGGAGACACCUCCAGUGGGACUGUUUGCCGGGGUUGUUUUGGCUCUGCUCUCUCAAUGCCCUGAACACUAUGGGGUGACACUGAUGAGUGCACCUGGGCCAGCAGCUCCCAAACCCUGUAGGGGAGCUGGCAUUGUAAGGAGGGCAUGUCUACAAAGGGGGCAGGGUGAACAACUCACAUGCCCUGCUCAGCCUACUCUCUUCCUGGGCCACGAGGAGCAGAGGUGUCCUGUUUCCAGGCCAGGCCCCGCUGACGCUGUCUGUAAACUGGCUGGGGGAUAAAUAUUCAAGGUGCAGUCAUGCUGGUUAAGUUCCCAGCUAGUGGGAGAAGGGGGAGGAACUCUCCUUUCGCCAGGGAGCUCUGCUCUCAUCUGUCAUGGGAGCCUGUCCCAGGCCUGCUUCCUUCUUAGGGUGUUACAGGCUCCUAUUCUGGCGCUGUUGCACAGGACACUGUUUGACUGAAAUAGCUGUCGCUCCAAGCUGUGUGACAGGCUCCCCCCGUUGACUCUAGAGGCUCAGUUUUGCAGAUCCAGGCCUCCUCAUGUCCUUGCCCUCAGCUGUGUCUCGGGGUGUUAGUGCCAGCAGCUGCUCUGGGCCGGUGUUUCUGUAGUGGGAGCCAUGAGCAUGACACUUGCUUUCCAGGUUUUUAAUGCGUGCCACAUACUGAAGACCCCUGAUUGUAUGUUGGGAGCUCUGACAAGCCCAUGCUUUUGGCAGUAAGCAUUGUAGCAGCUGUGAUGAGGCCAUUACUUCCUUGCCAGAGAGUUUGACCACAGAGAGUCGCCAAGAUAGCUGGGCCAGGAAGAAAACGUCGCACCCCUGACCCAGACUCCAUUAGCGACCCCGGCGGGCUGUUUGUGUCCUCCAAACGGCUGAAAAUGUCCAGCAGCACAAAUGCCCCUGGCCAGAGGAGAGCGUCUCGGGGCUUGGAUGAUGCCACCAACAAGAAGAAGCAAAAGGAUCGAGCCAAUCAGGAAAGCAAGGAAGAGCUGCUGAUGGACUGGAAGCAGAAUGCCGAUGAGAUCAUUAUCAAGUUGAAUUUGGGCACUGGAGCUCUGAAGGCAGAGGAUGUACGUGCUGAUUUCACUGACACGGACUGUGUGGUCAAACUACCAGACGGGCGCCAGUGGAGCUGUCAGUUCUAUGAGGAGAUUGAGAGCUCCUGCAGCAAGAUCCAGUGCAAGAAGGGCAACUUUCUCCAGCUUGUGCUGCAGAAGAAGAUCCCACUCCAUAACUGGUCUUCACUUCUGAAAAAAAGGAAAGACGGAUCCAAAGAAGUGGCCAAAGGGGCUGCGUGCUGGGAGAACGGGAAGGAGAAGGCUGCUUCUGCAGAGCUGACCCCUGAAGAGCCGAAGGCUGAGGGCACAGAGCCACCGAGAUCCCGGCGGGAGCCCUCCAACCCCAAGCGUGCUCCAGGAAGGAGCGAGGUCCUGGGAGGGAAGAGCCCAGCCAGCCCAGGGACACAGAGUGGCCCCAGUGCCAAGCGGGCAGUGUACCUCAAAGUGGCUCCCACGGAAGAGGAGCCGAAUGCCCGGGUCAGCGGGGGCACAGAGCCCAGCAAGGGGCAUGGCACGAGGGCCGGCAGCCGCCGCAACGGCAGAGCCAGCCAGGCUGAUGCACCCGCGGCCCUGGCAGACCUCGCGCUGCCACUCGAGAAGGCUGUGGUUUUGGCCAAAGAGAGUGUUCCCGUGGAGAUGCCACCUCUUGCAGCUACCACAGAGGUGCUCCCCCAUCGUGUUGCCACCUGUGUUGAGAAGAGAGUCCUGCAGCCAGGCAGCCCUACUGAGGCCUUGCGGAGCCGGGACUGCCUGCCCGUCCUGGGAGAGAGCUCUAAGGCCGUCCCAGUGGCCACCCCUCCCAUGGGCAGGGAUGGUGAGAAGAGGGACUGGUCCAAGGACGAUGUGGCUCUGGAAGCAGCAGCUGAUGAGCCAGAGCCUUUUGUAAGCCUGACCUUUGUCAAGAAUGACUCAUAUGAGAAGGGCAAUGAUCUGGUGGUGGUGCAUGUCUAUGUGAAGGAGAUCCACAAGGAGACAUCCAAGGUGUUGUUCCGGGAACAAGACUUCACACUAGUGUUCCAGACGAGUGAUACGAACUUCCUUCGUCUCCAUCCUGGCUGUGGGCCCCACACGGUGUUCCGGUGGCAGGUGAAGCUCAGGAACCUUAUUGAGCCGGACCAGUGCACAUACAACUUCACGGUGUCUCGCAUCGACGUCUGCCUGAAGAAACGCCAGAGCCAGCGCUGGGGGGGGCUGGAGGCUCCAGCCACACGAGUGGGUGGUGCAAAGGUUGCCAUGCCUACAGGCCCUACCCCUCUGGAUAAGAACCCUCCGGGCAGUAACCAGCACCCCCUCUCCAGCAAGGAAGAGGCCCGAACCAGCGACAAAGAGAAGCCACGUGUGGAAGAUGGGGCUCUGGAUGGUGUGGCAGCCCGUACGGCCCCAGAGCACUUGGCAGUGAAGCAAGAGCCACACAUUCCUUCGCCCAAACCAACAUGUAUGGUGCCACCAAUGACACACAGCCCAGUGAGUGCCGAGAGCGUGGAGGAUGAUGAGGAUGAGGAUGAGAAGAAGAAGGUCUGCCUGCCUGGCUUCACAGGUCUGGUGAACCUGGGCAACACCUGCUUCAUGAACAGCGUCAUCCAGUCCCUGUCCAACACCCGGGAGCUGCGUGACUACUUCCAUGAUCGGUCCUUUGAGUCAGAAAUCAACUAUAACAACCCACUGGGGACGGGUGGACGCCUGGCCAUCGGCUUUGCCAUGCUGCUCAGAGCGCUGUGGAAGGGCACACACCAUGCCUUCCAGCCCUCUAAACUGAAGGCAAUUGUGGCCAGCAAGGCCAGCCAGUUCACUGGCUAUGCCCAGCAUGAUGCUCAGGAGUUCAUGGCCUUCCUGCUCGAUGGCCUGCACGAGGACCUCAACCGCAUCCAGAACAAGCCCUACACAGAGACUGUUGACUCGGAUGGGAGGCCUGAUGAGGUGGUAGCUGAGGAGGCUUGGCAACGACACAAGAUGAGGAAUGACUCGUUCAUAGUAGACCUCUUCCAGGGCCAGUACAAAUCCAAGCUCGUCUGCCCAAUGUGCUCCAAGGUGUCUAUUACCUUUGACCCCUUCCUGUAUCUCCCCGUGCCCCUCCCACAGAAGCAAAAGGUGCUGACUGUCUACUACUUUGCAAAGGAGCCACACAAGAAACCCAUCAAGUUCCUCGUGAGUAUCAGCAAGGAGAACUCCAGUGCCAUGGAGGUGCUUGACUCAGUUGCCCACAGUGUGCGUGUGAAACCAGAGAACCUGCGCCUGGCAGAGGUGAUCAAGAAUCACUUCCACCGCAUGUUCCUGCCCUCUAACUCACUAGACACAGUCUCGCCAACGGACCUGCUGCUGUGCUUUGAGGUGCUGUCCCCAGAGCUGGCCAAGGAGCGUGUGGUGGAGCUGCAGGUCCAGCAGCGUCCACAGGUGCCCAGUGGCCCUGUUGCCAAGUGUGCAGCCUGCCAGAAGAAGCAGCUGCCAGAGGAUGAGAAGCUCAAGCGCUGCACGAGGUGCUAUCGAGUUGGUUACUGCAACGUGGCAUGUCAGAAAACACACUGGCCAGACCACAAGGCUUCGUGCCGUCCUGAGAACAUCGGUUUUCCCUUCCUCAUCAGCGUGCCCGAGUCCCGCCUCACCUACGCCCGCCUGGCCCAGCUGCUGGAGGGCUAUGCCAGGUACUCAGUCAGCGUGUUCCAGCCUCCGUUCCAGUUGGGCCGGAUGUCACCAGAGCAGGGGCUGCAGCCGCUGCACUCGGACAAGCUGGAGCCCCUGGCCAAGAGCAGCUGUGCAGCAGCCACCUCUGCCCCCGAGCUGGGAGAUGGGGACAGGGUUUCCAGCCUCCCUCAGGAGCCCCCGCUCUCCCCAGCUGUGCCUGAGCUGCAGCCAGAGAUGGGGGAUACUACCACUGUCCGGAGCAAGGUCCUGACAGCCAGGAGUUCCCUCCUGAGCUUGGAUUCAGGGUUCUCUGAGCACAUGGAGUCACAGGGUGACAGCUGUUGUGAGAAGGAGCCAUCCUAUGAGAGAGCCCUCAAGCCAGAAGCUGCCAUCCCUGGGUACCAACACACUCCAGACUCACUGAGUGCCCGCGCCACGCAGUUCUACAUCACUAAGAUCGACGCUGCCAACCGAGAGCACAAGCUGGAAGAUAAAGGUGACAUCCCCCUGGAUCUGACAGACGACUGCUCCCUUGCCCUGGUGUGGAAGAACAAUGAGCGCCUCAAGGAAUUCGUGUUGGUAGAAUCCAAGGAGUUGGAGUGUGUGGAGGAUCCAGGCUCAGCCAGCGAAGCAGCCCGGGCUGGCCACUUCACCCUGGAGCAGUGCCUCAAUCUCUUCACGAAGCCUGAAGUCCUGGCCCCAGAGGAAGCGUGGUACUGCCCCAAGUGCAAGCAGCACCGCGAGGCUUCCAAGCAGCUGAUGCUGUGGCGGCUGCCCAAUGUCCUCAUCAUCCAGCUCAAGCGCUUCUCCUUCCGCAGCUUUAUUUGGAGGGACAAGAUCAAUGACAUGGUGGACUUUCCUGUCCGGAGUCUGGACCUGAGCAAGUUCUGCAUUGGUCGGAAGGGUGAGCAGCAGCUGCCUAUGUAUGACCUGUAUGCUGUGAUCAACCACUAUGGAGGCAUGAUUGGAGGGCACUACACAGCGUACGCCCGCCUGCCCAACGACAAGAACAGCCAGCGCAGCGACGUGGGCUGGCGGCUCUUUGACGACAGCACAGUCACCACGGUGGAUGAGAGCCAGGUGGUGACCAGAUACGCCUAUGUCCUCUUCUACCGCCGGAGGAACUCUCCUGUGGAGAGACCCCUGCCAGGACAUCCCUCAGACCACCGCGCCGAGCGCACCCCCUCUGCUGAAGCUGCUGCCAGCCAGGGACUGCCCCCGGUGCCGUUCGGAUCCGGCCUGGCCCCCGAAGGAGCCCCGCCGCUGGCUGCGGAAGGCCUUCCCGAGCGUUUUGCCAGCCCCGCCGAGCGCCCAGCCCCCUCCUACAGCAGCAUGGAAGAAGUCGACUAGGGUGUCAUGGGGGGCCUGGCCUGGGGGUGUGGGCCAGGCACU